AUGAAACAGCUGGACAAAGGAGCAGACCCACCAGACCCACCAGCAGACCCACUUUCUACAGCAACCAAUCCUGAGAAUGGCCUCUCCAGAAUCCUGAGGCUUCUACUGCAAGAGCUAAGUCUCUUCUACAGCCGAGAUGUGAACGGAGUGUGUCUCUUAUAUGACCUCCUUCAUUCCCCAUGGCUGCAGGCUCUGCUAAAGGUGUAUGACUGCCUCCAGGAAUUUAAAGAAAAGAAACCAGUUCCUGCCACAACACAUGCACAGAAGUUAUCCCAGGAGGUCAUGGAGCUGUUACGUGAAACUCCUAAUUCCUCUGAGAUCAAGAGUGAGACAAUCCUCCAGUCUCCACACUACAAGGCCUUGCUCAGUGCUUAUGACACGGUUGCUCAGAAAGACUUUGAACCCCUUCUCCCCCCACUGCCAGACAAUAUCCCAGAGAGUGAGGAAGCAAUGAGGAUUGUCUGUUUAGUGAAAAACCAACAACCCCUGGGAGCUACCAUCAAGCGUCAUGAGAUGACAGGGGACAUCCUGGUGGCCAGGGUCAUUCAUGGUGGGCUGGUGGAAAGGAGUGGGUUGCUGUAUGCUGGAGACAAACUGGUGGAAGUGAAUGGAGUUUCAGUGGAGGGACUGGAUCCUGAGCAAGUGAUCCAUAUUCUGGCUAUGUCUCGUGGCACAAUCAUGUUCAAGGUGGUUCCAGUGUCUGACCCUCCUUUGAAUAGUCAGAAGAUGGUUCACGUUCGUGCCAUGACAGAUUAUUGGCAAGAGGAUCCUGGCAUUCCCUGUGUGGAUGCUGGAUUGCCUUUCCAGAAAGGGGACAUCCUCCAGAUUGUGGACCAGAAUGAUGCCCUCUGGUGGCAGGCCCGGAAAAUCUCAGACCUUGCUACCUGUGCUGGGCUAAUCCCUUCUAACCACCUUCUGAAGAGGAAGCAGCGGGAAUUCUGGUGGUCUCAGCCAAACAAGCUUCACACCUGCCUCAAAUCUACCAUAUCGAUUUCUAUGGAAGAAGAUGAUAUGAAGAUUGAUGAGAAAUGUGUAGAAGCAGAUGAAGAAACAUUCGAGUCUG